AACAGCUGUAAGUUGUACAAUACAACCCCAGCGCGCGCCGGCCUAGUUUUCUUGUUUAUCAUAUCACUAUCACUCAGCUUAUAAUCUGAGAAGUCCAAAGAUUGUGCCCAACUCCGGCACACCGAGGACUUCAGAAAUUAGUGUUCCAGUAAAGUUGUCAUAUAAUUCUGAAAGGGCGAACAAGAAUCAGUCAGAUUGGCGAUGGCCCUAACCCUGUAUCAUGCUCAAAUGUCCUUCUUUUCACAAAGGGCGAGAUUGGCAUUUGCGGAGAAGAAUGUCAAGUAUAAGAGUGUGGAGGUGGAGAUCCAUGCGGAGGAACAAUUGGAGCCCUGGUACGUGCGCAUCCAUCCCCUCAUGACGGUGCCAGGCCUGGCAGUCGAGGGAGGAACCAAAUUCAUCGAUUCCGAAGCCAUCAUUGGGUUUGUCGACAAGAUCACUCCCGAUCUUCCUCCGCUGUUCCCCGAUGAAAAGUCAGCAGAAGGCCAGAAAUGCAGUCAGUUUCUGCUGCUCUUCAAGACAUUUGAAAUAGAGGUGAUUUCUCUGGGGACCAUUGCAAACCCACGGUAUACCAAAGGAUUCAAGAACUUCGCAAGUGCAGCCCAAUUAGAAAAAGCUCUCACUGCCAUCAUCAACAAAGCAAGGCGGUACUCGGAGAAGUACAAGGACUUACGAUACGAGUACCUGAACAAGGCCACUGCGCUGUCUCAAAGACUUGAGCAGCUGAAGGAUGAGCAGAUGCUCAGGGACCACCUGGAUGCGGUGGAGAGCGCCCUCACUGAGGUGGAGGCUGAAUUGGCCAAGGCCAGCAACGAGCAUCGAGACGUUCCGUUAGAUGAACAGCCGUGGCUCUGCGGUCCACACUUCACCGUGGCCGACAUCUACCUCGCGACCCUUCUCCACCGACUGUUCUUUAUCGGCUACUCCUAUUUCUGGGUAGACGGCAAGCGGCCCUACAUAGAGAAGUACUACCAACGCGUUUUGCAGCGAGAGAGCUUUCGUAAGACCUGCCUGCACGCGAACAGUCUAUUUUGGGGAAUGUUGGCACCCCUCAUAAGGUACAAGGUCAGACGUGCCACGCCUUGGGUGCUCGGAGUUUCAGCCGUUUUGGCAGCGGGUGUUGGCGUUUACAUGUUUGUACGGAAAAAGUGAUUCAUUGGAAAGUAACUUUUUAUUGCAAUCUUUAUAUUGCCUUCUGGUAUUUUCUAUUUUCUAUCUCUAUAAACCUUUUUACAGGAUGCUUUACUCAAUGCAAAAAACUGUCACUGCGUCACUCACUUCUGCUAUCAAUAAAAUGGUCAGAUAUAAUAUAAUGUAAAAUGAGGCAUUCACCAGCCUUGUGGUUGCGAACGCCAAAGCCUGCCGGUUGUCAAGCAAAGCUAAUCUGAUUACGUACGUAGAUAUCAUCUAAGUAUAUUUGAAAUUUCAGCUUAAUCUGUUAUUGCAAACGCUAGUGUUACACCUUGACCUAUCUCCAAGGAAAAUUUCGAGGAUUUUUUCCGACCAAACUCCAUUAUAGAUGACCGAUUUCGGCCCAGCAACACAAUGACGAAGCGCAUAUUUGCAUAUUUAUUAGCCUCAAUUGGCGUGACUUGGUGUGGGUUUCGGUAUCGACCAAUGGAAGCCGGCAAAAAGGGUGAUAUUUAUCAAUUAUUAAUAACGCAUGAAGGAGGCUUUUAUGCAAAUUUUACUGAACACCAUAAUGGAAAGGAACCUAUACAUAUUCAUGAGGUUUGAAAAGAUUGACAGAUAUUGCAAACACCAGUGUUACAACUCCUAAAAAUGCACAUACCCAGGCCUAUUUUUCCUAUUUCAACGAAAAUUAUUAAAUGAACAUAUCACAACGAUUUUUAGGACAUACUUCGAUCAUAAUAAUUAGGGAAAUAACCUUGAAAGUUGGAAGAGGGUUUCCCAAACGGAAGAAACAAUUUUCAGAGAUUUCGCCUGCCUGUGUGAACAUGUCUGUGUGCAUCAAGUUUCAUUCAAAAUAAAGUGUUACGUAACCUUAAGAAAUCGCCCUUUGCAACCCCACGCCUGUCACUGCAUGCACCUCCUCUUUACAGUAAAGGCCGUGAAAAGCUGCAGGAUUAGUACUGCAUUUACUGGUACGUUAAAAAAUCCGUUGGGCCAAAAUAAAAGUCUCUGGUUUCUGGUCUGUGUGUGUUGCUGUAGCCGUGCGCUUUGGAAAUAUUAAAA